AUGCUCUCCUUGCGCCGCUACUCGCUCUACGCUGGUAUAGCAAUCUGUGUUAUAAUCAUCUUCACGUACUACCGAGAACCAAUCAUCUCACGGACGCCUCUGAAGUCACAAAUACCACUGAAGACUGGCCCAACCCCGUUCAAAGGCUCUAAUCAGCUCUCAGACGCCAACUUCAGCUGGGAGCAGGUACCUGUGCGGUAUCCGGUGAAGAAGCUGACUCAGUUGCCUACGGCCAAACCGAAGAAGUUGCCAAAGGUUCAGUUUGACUUCGCAUCUCAUCCCGAGACCGACGAGGAAGCCGCUUGGCGAAAGGAGAGGCUAGCGGCAGUCCAGCAGACAUUCGAACGCUGUUGGAAAGCCUACCGGGAGCAUGCCUGGGGUCAUGAUGAGCUGGCACCUAUCUCAGGUGGAGCGAGGGAUGGUUUUGGUGGAUGGGCCGCAAAUGCGGUUGACAAUCUCGACAACCUCUGGAUCAUGGGGAUGAAGGAUGAGUUUGAAGAAGCCGUCAAGUUGGCCGAGACGAUUGACCUGAGGAAGUGCACGCUGCAGCAGGUCAAUGUGUUUGAGACGACGAUUCGACACUUGGGUGGCAUGCUGUCUGCAUACGAUCUCAGUGGGGACGAGAGACUUCUUACGAUAGCAAAAGAGUUUGGCGACAUGCUAAUCGUGGCAUUCGACACGCCAAACCGAAUGCCGAUCACGAGAUGGUUCUGGAGCAAGGCAUUGGACGAGCCGCAGGUGGCGGACCAUCAUGUUCUGGUGGCCGAGAUUGGCAGCUUGACGAUGGAGUUCACCAGGUUGUCAAUGCUGACUGGCGACCCAAAGUGGUACACCGCUGUCGAGCGGAUCUUGGGCCACUUGGAUGCACAGCAGGAGAAGACAUUGCUACCCGGCAUGUGGCCCGUCACUGUCAACGCACAAACUGCCGAUUUUGCCAGCGACUCGCUCUUCUCUUUGUCUGCUAUGGCUGAUUCUACCUAUGAGUAUUUGCCCAAGAUGCACGCUCUUCUCGGAGGCAUCGAUGCGAGGUAUGAGAAGCUCUACGAUUCAAGCAUGGCCACUGCAAUUGAGUACAAUCUCUGGCGGCCAAUGACGCCCGAUAAUGCCGAUAUACUCAUCUCGGGCAACAUUCGCAAGCAGAACAGGAACUUGGAUCCUAUCCUGGAUCCCCAGGGUCAACAUCUUGUCUGCUUUGCGGGCGGCAUGUUUGCGUUGGGUGGUAAAUUGUUCGACAAUCCCGCUCACGUCGAUAUUGGCAAGAAGAUCACAGACGGCUGCAUCUGGACUUACGAGGCGAUGCCGCUCGGCAUCAUGCCUGAAGUCUUCCGUAUGCUCCCUUGCGAUUCUCGCUUGGAGUGUGAAUGGAACGAGACAGCCUGGAAGGACGCAGUGAAAGAAGAAAGUCCAGACUCAAAUGCGGAUGCAGACUCGCUGAUCGCAUUGAAUCGGCUGCCCAGAGGAUUUGUGCAGCUCGCAGACCGGAGGUACAUACUUCGACCCGAGGCGAUUGAGAGCGUCUUCAUCCUAUACCGGAUCACGGGGGAGCGGUAUUUGUUGGAAGCGGCUUGGAAGAUGUUCUCGGCCAUCACUAGCGUGACAAAGACGGACUUGGCGAACGCUGCGUUGCGCGACAUCAGCUUCUCGAAAGAGGAUCUUGCAAAUGGCGAGGAGAUUAGGCUGGAUAGCAUGGAGUCCUUCUGGAUGGCGGAGACGUUGAAGUAUUUCUAUCUGAUCUUCAGCGAGCCGGAUGUCAUCAGUCUCGACGAGUUGGUGUUCAACACUGAGGCGCAUCCGAUGAAGAGGCGGCUGCCGAAGUGA